AUGGAUUUUUCGAACUCUCUCUUGAGAAUGGAGCAAAUUGCUGGAAAAGGUAGAGGAUUUGUUGCAGCACAAUCCCUUCAAGCUGGUCAAAUAAUUCUCAAAGAACCCCCUCUCGUUCUCUAUUCUUCUUCUCCUCUAUUCUCUUCUUCAUCAUCUUUCUCUUACUGUGAUCACUGCUUCAGAAUCUUACCAUCUAACACUCACACUCUUCCAUGCCCUUCUUGCUCUCACCACCAUUUCUGCACCCAAAACUGCCUCUCCAUUGCCCUCAAAUCAUCACACUCUUCAUGGGUAUGCAAAGCUUUGUCCUUUCUGCAAGAUUCCAAUUCACUGUUUCAACAAUCCCAUGUACGCCAAGUCCAAGCUCGUUUCAUUGUUGCUGCUUACAACCUUUUCCUUCAAUCCCCUUCGGAUCUACAAACUCUACUUUCUCUUCAUGGCACUCCAGAUUCUACCAUUGUUGAUGCUGCUAAGUUUCUUCACUCUUUGAUCUCACCCCUUUUCUUACCCCUCAGUGAUUUUUCUGUUGAAUUUAUUUCUCAACUUCUUGCCAAGGAUAGACUGAACUCCUUUUGCUUAAUGGAUCCUUAUUCCCCUGAUGGGCCUCAAAGAUCCAUUAAAGCAUAUGCUAUUUACCCAAAAGCAACAUUUUUUAACCAUGAUUGUAUUCCCAAUGCAUGUCGGUUUGAUUAUGUGGACACUAGUGAUCCUGGUGAUGAGCACAACACUGACAUUGUUAUUAGGUUGAUUGAGGAUGUUCCUAAAGGGAAAGAGGUUUGCAUUAGCUAUUUCAGGAUCAGCAGGGAUUAUCCUACUAGGAAGGAGAUCUUGAUGGAGGAUUAUGGAUUCACUUGUGACUGUGAUAGGUGCAAGAUUGAAGCAAAUUGGAAUGAUGGGCAAAGCCAAGGAGAGAACAGUGACUUGCCACACGUGCGUUUCCUUAACAAGUAUGUUUGCGAGAAAAAGAAUUGUGCUGGCACUAUGGCUCCUUUGCCUCCAAAAGAUGAUGUACCAUCUCAUGUUUUGGAGUGUAAUUUCUGUGGUAAUUUGGAAAAAUUGACAUUGCUUAGUCCUUGA